AUGGCUCCGGUUGACGCCUACCCUUCCGGUAUCACUUCCACACCACACGGCGACUUGAUUCUUGAUCCCCAGCUUCGAGGUCAGCUGUAUCACAAUGGGAUCACCUUGACCAAUUCCACCGUCGGCACAUUCCUCUUCGCGUACAAUUUCGCCUAUUCGACCACCUGCCGCGACCGUUGCAGACUGGCAUCCUGGCGGGAUGCGACUCGCCAAGUGCAUCAGAUAUGGGAGGAAGCUCUACGCAAGCAGAAAGACACCAUCUUGCCUCUACUUGUCCAUUCGUUACGGAAAAAUGCCCGUGCUGCCGACGUCGAGAUGAUAGGUCCUCUUCGAGAGCCACCAGCGGCACUUCGGAUCUGGCAAUACUUUGCUGCACGAGUCAGCAGAUGA